GGUUGCUUUUUUUUGUGAUCUGAUCUUGUAUAAUAAUUAAUGUCUCAGCUUCUCUUCCGUCGUCUCUCCAAACUCUCUUCCCGGAACGAUGUGCUUAUACACAAAAGUGUUCGCUUGUUUUCCACCAGCCCGUAUUUGACACUUGGCAGCGUUGUUGAAGACUCGCCGGGAGAAGGCGGCGGCUACAUCGGAGACAUCCUCUUGUUCGAUCCGGCCAAGGAAGAGUUAGUCACAGUCCGGGACAAAACAAUACCUGAAGAGCUCGUUAACUCGAAAUUUAUCGGAGCUUCACAUGGAUGGACAUUUUUCUCUGACCGAUGCAAUCAUAACUCUGUACGUAUCUGCGACCUAUUUAAUCCCCUGGCUUCCAAAUCAAACACCACGAUCAUUCCUCUGCCUCUGCUUACUACUAUGAGCUAUGGCCAAACACAAGUGGUCUGGAACGUGGCAAUGUCGUCAUCUUCUCCUCACGAAGACAAUGAGGAAGAAGUCUGUGUAGUGGCUAUCAAUUUCUUGGGUUACCAACUGAGUUUGUGCAGGCCCGGUCGCGACCUCGGUUGGACUAACAAACAAAUCCCUUUCGUCUGCUCCGAAAAAUCAAAUCUCAUGUACUCAAAGAGAGAUCAAAGGUUCUAUUUGCCUGCUCCUGGAGGCAACUACUUGUGCUCUUGGGAUCUCUACUUCGAUAGCGAUCCUAAAUUCGAUGAGUUGGUGUUUCUGAACCUUCCUGAGUUGCCACAGUCCGAGUGGGAGCUGGUGAAUUCUUGUUUUAAGGAGGACCACUGGGUGGAGUCACCUUCUGGCCAAAGUUUCUUAAUCAAAUGGUACUCUCACGUCCCUUCUCAAAGACACAAAGACCCGAUACUGAUGGUGUUUAGAGAGGAUGAAGACACAAAAGACGGAACAAGAAACAUGUGUUACACCGAGGACAUUGGAGAUCUUUGCAUCUUCCUUUCAAAGAGUGAUCCUUUCUGUGUUGUGGCAAGCUCUUGCCCUGGUCUCAGACCCAACUCCAUCUACUUGAUGGGCCGUUGCUUUGCUAUUUAUGAUCUCACCACCCGAACCACUCGUCACUUUAACCCUCCAAAAGGUGGACCAGAAAGGGUUCCUUUCCUCCCUUACUGGCUUCCUCCAUUUAAAUGAGUUCUGGUUCGAUUUUAGUUACUCUCGACCUGCUUGGAUUGCUAUGAUUUAGUUUGAGACCAUCUUUAUGUUCCCUUUUUGACAUUAUUAAUCUGUGGUUCGUCGCACUUAUUCUUCUAGCUAGAA